AUGCGGACAGAAGCUCGUCGAAAAAAUCUUCUCAUUCUAAUUUUGCAUUAUUUAACAGCGGAAGGGUAUGUUGAUGCUGCAAAUGCUUUGGAACAAGAAACCCAAUUAGCUUUACGCCGCUUUGAAGUUUGUGACAACGUUGAUCUUGAGACUAUUUUGAUGGAAUAUGAAAGCUAUUACUAUGUAAAAUUCCAAAAAUACCCUAAAAUUACCAAAAAGGCCCUAGACACUGCAGAAAAUAAACAGCAACCAAGAAAUGGAGGAAAACCAAGAAGGACGGCAAGUAGCUCUUCUCAUAAUCUUCCUAGGAUCAACCAGCAUCAAACUAUGCAGCGGCCAUUAUCAAAAACCUCAUCUGGGAGGACAACAGAGCCUAAACCAUCUAGCAAGGACAGCCCCAAACAGGAGAAUGACAAUACAGUUACUCGGGAGCAAGCUGAUUUUGGUUUAAAUGUGUCAGCAAUCAACAGAGGUGGUGGAGGAGAAAGCACUCACCCAAGAAGGGGCCAAAUAAUUGACUUCCGUGGGAUGAUCCAAGAUGCUAUCAAAGGCGCAUCAAAUGAAGUAGCCUCAAACAGCCUUAAUUGUGAUCCAGAUCCUUCAGAACGAUUGUUAAAACCUCUGAGUGCUUUUAUUGGCAUGAGUGGUGAGAUAAGAGAACUUGCAACGGUUAUAAGCAGAGACAUUUAUCUUCAUAAUCCAAACAUAAAGUGGGAUGACAUUAUUGGACUUGAUGCAGCCAAGCGGUUAGUCAAGGAAGCAGUGGUGUAUCCUAUAAGGUACCCACAGCUGUUUACAGGGAUUCUCUCCCCUUGGAAAGGAUUAUUACUAUAUGGACCUCCAGGUACUGGAAAGACUCUGCUUGCUAAGGCUGUUGCCACUGAGUGCAAUACAACUUUCUUCAACAUUUCAGCGUCCACUAUUGUCAGCAAAUGGAGGGGUGAUUCAGAAAAACUUGUCCGGGUGUUAUUUGAACUUGCCCGAUAUCAUGCUCCCUCCACAAUUUUCUUGGAUGAGCUGGAGUCGGUAAUGAGUCAGAGAGGCAAUCAUCCUGGUGGUGAACACGAAGGAAGUCGGCGGAUGAAAACAGAAUUAUUGGUGCAGAUGGAUGGCUUGGCCCGAUCUGAUGAUCUUGUAUUUGUUUUAGCAGCUUCCAAUCUGCCAUGGGAAUUAGAUUAUGCCAUGUUGCGACGGCUGGAGAAGAGGAUUUUGGUUGACCUUCCAAAUAAAGAGGCACGACAGGCUAUGAUUCAGCACUGGCUGCCCCCAGUGAGCAACAGUGGAGGAGUGGAGCUGAGAACGGAGCUGGAGUACAGCUUGCUGGGUCAGGAGACAGAAGGGUACUCUGGCUCUGACGUUAAACUGGUCUGCAAGGAAGCAGCUAUGCGGCCAGUGAGGAAAAUCUUCAGUGCUCUUGAAAAUCAUCAGCCAGGUAGCAGUAAUUUACCCGAACUCCGGCUGGACACAGUCACAACAGCAGAUUUCCUGGAUGUGAUCGCUCACACCAAGCCAUCAGCCAAGAAUUUAAGUCAGAAGUACAUAGCCUGGCAGAGAGAUUUUGAAUCUGUUUGA